ACACGCACAUUGGCGUGGCCACGAAGCGACUCCAUGCCCUUCCUGAGUGCCCACGCUCUUGGAUCGCUGAUUGAAUCAGCCGUAUCAACUCAAUCCCUUCUUCUUGGGCGAGCAGUUCAUGCCCAUAUAACCAGAACUCUUGAACCCCCUUUUCCACCUUUCCUCUCCAACCAUCUCAUCAACCUCUACUCCAAACUCGACGCACCCGACUCAGCUCAACUCCUCCUUUCACUCACCCCGACUCGUUACCGUUCUGUUGUCACCUGGACCGCUCUCAUUGCCGGCUCCGUCCAAAGUGGUCAUUUCACCUCCGCGCUGUUACAUUUCUCUAACAUGCGCCGUGAGUGUGUUCAACCCAAUGACUUCACUUUCCCUUGCCUUUUUAAAGCUUCUGCGUUUUUGCAUUCCCCCGUUACUGGUCAACAGCUUCAUGCGCUGGCACUGAAAACUAGCUUGAUUGAGGAUGUUUUUGUUGGGUGUAGCGCAUUUGACAUGUAUUGUAGAACCGGUCUACGGGAAUACGCGCGGAAGGUGUUUGAUGAAAUGCCGCAGAGGAACAUCGCCACGUGGAAUGCAUGUAUUUCUAAUUCCGUGCUUGACGGGAGGUCUUACGAUGCUGCUUUAAAAUUUGUUGAGCUCUUGCGAGUGGGCGAAGAGCCACCAAACUCGAUUACUUUUUGUGUGUUUUUGAAUGCUUGCUCGGAUGGUUUGUAUUUGAAGCUUGGGCGGCAGUUGCAUGGUUAUGUGAUUCGACUUGGGUUUCGAUCGGAUGUCUCUGUUCUGAAUGGAUUGAUUGAUUUUUAUGGCAAAUGUCACGAGGUGAAGUAUUCGGAGCUGGUUUUCGAUGAGAUAAAUGAGCGAAAUGGUGUAUCAUGGUGCACCAUGUUGGCGGUGUAUGAACAGAACGAUAUAUGGGAGAAGGCUUUUAUGGUGUUCCUUAAGGCAAGGAAGGAAGAUAUUAAGCCAACUGAAUUUAUGAUUUCAAGUGCGCUUAGUGCUUGUGCAGGAAUGGCAGUGCUUGAGCUGGGGAGGUCUAUUCAUGGUCUUGCAGUAAAGUCUUGUAAGAGUAACGUAUUUGUUGGCAGUGCACUUGUUGACAUGUAUGGGAAAUGUGGUAACAUAGAAGAUUGUGAGAGCGCGUUUUAUGAAAUGCCUGAAAGGAAUUUGAUAACUUGGAAUGCAGUAAUGGGUGGUUAUGCUCAUCAAGGGUACGCGGACAUGGCAUUGAAUUUGUUUGAGGAGAUGACAAGUGAAAGCCAUGACGUGGUGCCUAAUUAUGUGACAUUAGUUUGUGUAUUGACAGCUUGUAGUAGGGCUGGAACUGUUAAAAUAGGCAUGGAUAUCUUUGAAUCUAUGAGAAAAAAGUAUGGGAUUCAACCAGGGCCAGAGCAUUAUGCAUGUGUAGUGGAUAUGCUUGCAAGGGCUGGUUUGGUGGAGCGUGCAUACGAGUUUAUCAAGAAAAUGCCUGUUCCACCAACAGUUUCAGUCUGGGGGGCUCUUUUAGGGGCUUGUAGAGUUUAUGGAAAACCUGAACUAGGGAAGGUUGCAGCUGACAAUUUGUUUCAACUUGAUCCAAAGGACUCUGGAAACCAUGUUAUUCUUUCAAAUAUGUUUGCAGCUGCUGGAAGGUGGGAGGAGGCUAAUCUCGUCAGGAAGGAGAUGAAGGAUGUGGGCAUCAAGAAAGGGGCCGGAUUCAGUUGGAUAUCUGUAAAGAAUUGUGUCCAUAUUUUCCAAGCAAAGGAUACAAUUCAUGAGAGAUACCCAGAGAUUCAAGCAAUGCUGGCCAAGUUAAAGAGAGAUAUGAAAGCAGCAGGUUAUACUGCUGACACGAAUUUUGCUCUGUAUGACUUAGAGGAAGAAGAAAAGGAAUCAGAAGUUUGGUACCAUAGUGAGAAGAUUGCACUUGCAUUUGGUCUCAUUGCUAUCCCUCGUGGAGUCCCUAUAAGGAUAACAAAAAACCUGAGGGUUUGUGUGGAUUGCCAUAGUGCAAUAAAGUUCAUAUCGGGCAUUACUGGUAGAGAAAUUAUAGUAAGAGAUAACAACCGCUUUCAUUGUUUCAAGGACUACCAGUGCUCGUGCAGAGAUUAUUGGUGACUCUAGUUUAGGUAUUCCAGAGAAUUCUGGUGGCUUCCUUGCCAUUCUGCCAUUGAUCCAGGCACUAAUUUACACUCAUGAUGUUGAGGUUGAGGGUCUGAACUAGAAGAUAUCACCUCCAUAAGUUUUCUUCACUUCCAAGGCGAAGCUGGAAUUGCAUACUAGGUCCACCAUCCCCUGCUAGAGGCACGUUAAGAGCUUCACAAAUCUGAAACUCAAAACUACGUACAAACUGGCAUUGCAGCAAAAGGCAGCUAUGCUAACAGGUUUUUUAGCGCUGAUGACAACAAUUGAAUGCAGGAAGAAGUUCCUGGUGCUGCCAGAGUACUUUAUGCAAUAAGUUCUUCAUCUUCCGAUGCAAUUGAACUGGACAUGGCUAUGGUGUUUGUCUACUUGCAGGUCAUCCAUCGAUCACCCUCCAAUUCAAACAUUGGGACUGAAGUCUAUUGGGAAGCAGCGUCUAAUGUUUGUUGUUUAUAGAUAACACAUGAUGUCUCUGAAGCUAAGAAUCUCAUUAGUCAGUUCUUGCGGACAACUUCUCAAAGAGACUUUCCCUUCAGAAGAUCUUGAAGCACCUGUGGAUAGUCAAGAAUGCUGAUUCGAAUGUAGACCUCUGAAAGUGACAUUUCUGGCUGCUCUCUCCUUGUGUCUUUUGACCAGUUUGCACCAGUUGAUUUUCAAUAUAACACAAAAUUUGACAGGAGAUCCAUGGUAAAAAUGAAAUUAUCGAAGUUGCAGGAAAUGAAGUCAACAAAAUUAAAAGUUCUUUGUGAAAGAAGCUGGAUUUGGUGAAUCUGCAGAAAGGCACAUUUAGUUACUGAAACACAAGAUGCAGUGGAUUUUCCUGUUGAAUCUAUAGUCUGGUAUUUCUUGUUAAAACUGCUAACAAAAAGGCUAAGAAGAAGAUUAAACACAGCAAGAGAAACGCAUCACCGUAUGUCAGAAUGUGACACUUCAGCAUGUGAUAGUAUGGUGCCGCCAUAAAUGUAAAGAGUAUUAUUUCUCAAUUCUUACAAUAUCCAUGAGUGGAUAUUUUGUUCCAAUUUAUAUGAAAAUAGUAUCUAGCAAUUAGCAUGUGAUGUUAUCUCUCUGAUUUGACACUAGCUUACGUGCAUCAAUUCUUACUACCUAUUAUUUUAUA